AUGAAGAAGGUUGUUUACAAGCUUGAUGACAGGUCAGAGGUGCCUUCCACACUUAGUGAAGGGUACAGUGUGCUGAGUGGAGGGUACAGUGUGCUGAGUGAAGGGUACAGUGUGCUGAGUGGAGGGUACAGUGUGCUGAGUGGAGGGUACAGUGUGCUGAGUGGAGGGUACAGUGUGCUGAGUGGAGGGUACAGUGUGCUGAGUGAAGGGUACAGUGUGCUGAGUGGAGGGUACAGUGUGCUGAGUGGAGGUGUGCUGAGUGGAGGGUACAGUGUGCUGAGUGGAGGGUACAGUGUGCUGAGUGAAGGGUACAGUGUGCUGAGUGGAGGGUACAGUGUGCUGAGUGGAGGGUACAGUGUGCUGAGUGGAGGGUACAGUGUGCUGAGUGGAGGGUACAGUGUGCUGAGUGGAGGGUACAGUGUGCUGAGUGGAGGGUACAGUGUGCUGAGUGGAGGGUACAGUGUGCUGGGUGGAGGGUACAGUGUGCUGAGUGGAGGGUACAGUGUGCUGAGUGGAGGGUACAGUGUGCUGAGUAAAGGGUACAGUGUGCUGAGUGGAGGGUACAGUGUGCUGAGUGGAGGGUACAGUGUGCUGAGUGACGGGUACAGUGUGCUGAGUGGAGGGUACAGUGUGCUGAGUGGAGGGUACAGUGUGCUGAGUGGAGGGUACAGUGUGCUGAGUGGAGGGUACAGUGUGCUGAGUGGAGGGUACAGUGUGCUGGGUGGAGGGUACAGUGUGCUGAGUGGAGGGUACAGUGUGCUGGGUGGAGGGUACAGUGUGCUGAGUGGAGGGUACAGUGUGCUGAGUGGAGGGUACAGUGUGCUGAGUGGAGGGUACAGUGUGCUGGGUGGAGGGUACAGUGUGCUGAGUGGAGGGUACAGUGUGCUGAGUGGAGGGUACAGUGUGCUGAGUGAAGGGUACAGUGUGCUGGGUGGAGGGUACAGUGUGCUGGGUGGAGGGUACAGUGUGCUGAGUGGAGGGUACAGUGUGCUGGGUGGAGGGCACAGUGUGCUGGGUGGAGGGUACAGUGUGCUGGGUGGAGGUGUGCUGAGUGAAGGGUACAGUGUGCUGAGUGGAGGGUACAGUGUGCUGAGUGAAGGGUACAGUGUGCUGGGUGGAGGGUACAGUGUGCUGAGUGGAGGGUACAGUGUGCUGAGUGAAGGGUACAGUGUGCUGAGUGGAGGGUACAUUGUGCUGAGUGAAGGGUACAGUGUGCUGGGUGGAGGGUACAGUGUGCUGGGUGGAGGGUACAGUGUGCUGAGUGGAGGGUACAGUGUGCUGGGUGGAGGGUACAGUGUGCUGGGUGGAGGGUACAGUGUGCUGGGUGGAGGGUACAGUGUGCUGAGUGGAGGGUACAGUGUGCUGGGUGGAGGGUACAGUGUGCUGAGUGGAGGGUACAGUGUGAUGAGUGGAGGGUACAGUGUGCUGAGUGAAAGGUACAGUGUGCUGAGUGGAGGGUACAGUGUGCUGAGUGGAGGGUACAGUGUGCUGAGUGGAGGGUACAGUGUGCUGGUGGAGG